AAAUACAGUCUCGCUUGAGAUACGCUGUAUUUUCAAAGUGGUUUUCCACCCAGGGACUACGGCUUAAAUGUUACCCUGAACGCUUUAUGAGUAAAUAAGAUGUUUUCAUUUCAUAAGAAAGAUAUAAGUAUGUAGAAAGUUAAAUUAUGGCGAAACAUGCAAACUCUACAAAGCGUUUUGCUGGCGUCGCCCUAAGCUUUGACAUUUUUGGAUUCUGUUUUAAUCUCGUAGGGAUAUUUGGACCAGCUUGGCUAGUGAAAGCAGACGACAAUAGGCAGUGGACGUUUCAUGAAGGCGUUUGGUUAGCUGAAUACUGCCAAAAUGGAACUUGCAGAGUAUCUACAAGGGAACAUGCUUUAGAAGAUAUAGGAAGAAACCAGUACAUAUCAGUUUUGGAAGAAUUCCACUGGACGCAGUUUAAAGUAUUGACGAUAAUGGCCAUUGUGUGCAAUUUUCUGGCAGUUGUUUUGACAACAAUAUUUCUUUCAAAGAAUCCUAAGAACCAGACUAUAUCUAUUAUUAUACUAUUUGCAAGCGGGAUCACAUCCCUUUCAUCAAGUAUGUUUUUACUUAUACCGGUGCUUAAACUUACUGCCGUAGAUUCAAGCAAUAGUUUUAGCGAUGCUUGGGCAAAAAUACUGUCGGCUGUCGGGGUAUUUAUGCAUUUUGCUGCAGCAAUAAGUAUGGUGUUUGCUGUUUACCAAAGUUUGCAGCAUUAUUGUGCAAUAAAACGCAUCGAAAGGUCGCGCUCUAGGCGAUUUGAGAUGGUCGAAAGAUAUCUGUCGUCACAGCAAGAUAAUGUGACGCCACAACGUCAUUAUGUGUCGUCACCGCAAGAGAAUGAAACAAGAGACUCGGUGAAUCAAGCGGGGCAACAAGUAAUAUCUGUAUCGAAUGAGCGGAGAACGCUAAAUUGUAACGGCGUGACUGGUCACGCCGGAACGCCUUAUAAUAGGCCGCCACCUUAUACUGUUGCUGCUGAGUUACCAAGUUACAGUGAAAUAAGUUUGAGGUAAUCAGCAUCUUGAUCUGUUCUUGUGCCAAAUAUUGUUUAACUUUGUGUUUAAUUACAUUAAAGCAAUAAUAGGCGAUACAGUUCGAGCCAUACUUGAUUGCUAGUAAUACCACCUAAUAUCGUAAUUCAUUCGUUAAUAUGUACUCGGGUUAUAUACACAUAAACUAUACUUCACAUUAGCAUGUCUAUUUAUAUAAGCCGGCUAAAGAAGUGAUAGCUUAUUUAAUGUAUGAAAUGUUAAAGAGUAUAACUUAGUUAACCCUUAAGUUGGUUGAUACGUAAUUUAUGUAAGUUCGACAGUGUAGGAAGAGAUAAGCUUAAAGACACAAUCUCGAAUCCUUUCCUUGAACAAACCAGUACUGAGCAAUGAGUGUGAAGUGUCUUGCUCAUGGAAACAAACCAUUACGUGCCCUUAAAUUCUUAAUAAUUAUGUGGAUUUUUCAAGCUUACUGCUCUUAGAAUUUUCCAUUAUCAAUAUUUGGAAUAUCAAACUGAAAUUUUAAAAUUUGGUCAAUUAACAGUAUAGAGCCUGGUCAGACUACA